AUGGCCUCAGCCAGCACGGCGUCCAAGCCGAUCCAGAAGAUCCUGGACUCAACCCGAGUUGCUUCGUUGAAGAAAUUCGUACGACACCCGCCCAUUGACUCGACAAAGCCGAUCCAAGGAAAGAUUCGCGAGUCGAGCUCGAAUGCAUUCAAGGAACAUUUGAAGCGUGAGAGCGUGCGCUUGCAAAAGGCACUGAACUCGCUCACACACGGAAAGCACAUCUUCGUCUACCACAAUGUUCAGACGAAGCAGGUUGUGUACUCUUUGACUCGGUACUUGGAGGAGAACAACGUUCUGCGCCAAAUGGUCUACCACGGCAAGAAGACUGUCCCUGCCGAGCUCCGCCGGGAUAUGUGGACUCCAUACUACUCCGUGCACUUCGGUGAUGCUCGCCUCGGCCUCCGCGCCUACCAAUUGCUCCGUGAAUUCUCGCUGCGCCGACAAAUGUCUCCUCCCCCCGAGAUGAUCACAGUCACCGAGGAGUUCCUGGCCUCCAGACGGCCAAAGGACCCCUCCGACGCGGAGGAAUUCGACAGGCUGAACAAGAAGAGGAUCGGUCACCCAAUGGAGAAGAAGGAGCGUGCGCGAGUCCUCAUGGACCAGAAGGCGACCUCUGUUGCCGAUAUCGCGGCAGUCCUUGAGAUCCAGGAGAACGAGAUCGAGAACGGCAUCUUGGACAAGGAACAAUGGCGCCAGAAGCACUUCCGCAGCCAGAGAAGGCGUCAGCGUGAGGCUAUGGCCCAGGAGGCCGAGCGUGCUGAGCAGAACCAGGCCCGCAUUGAGGCCUUGGAGCAGCAGCUGAGUGAGCGCGAGGGUGUGGAAGUCAAGAUUGGCGAGAUCGGUGAUUAUCCCAAGACACCCGGUGAUGUCAAGAUUCUCUGGCGCGACGUGCACGAUGCCAACUAUGCUGCUUCAUGGCCUACUAAGGUUCAGCAUGGCGAGCUGGAGAUUAAGCGUGACAACAUCAUCGGCGGAGAGCGCACUGAUUUCUCUCUAGAGGUCUAA